AUCACUCCUACUCCAACUCCAACUCCAACUCCAACUCCAACAGCUAAGCAAUGGCUUCAGCAACGAGCAGUAUCUGCUUCCCCUCAGCUUUUUCCUUCCCAAAACUUCACUACCACUCUAACAAUUACAAGCCCAUCACUUCCCUUCCAUUUUACAACUCCUUCAAAUCAAUUCCCAGCCUGAAACUUUCACAUCCCUCACUGGUGCUACCCAAGCCAGCAUUUCGGGUUUUGGGUUCUGAUUCUACAGCUGACCCAAAUGAAAAUGAGGCUAGUUCCAACGCUGAUUCAACAAUUGACAUAAAAUUGCCAAGAAGAAGUUUAUUGGUCCAGUUCACUUGUGGGGAAUGUGGCGAAAGAACAGAGAGGCUCAUAAACCGCUUGGCCUAUGAACGUGGACUCGUUUAUGUACAGGGUGUCUUCAAUACCACAAAUUAGCUGACAAUCUUGGCCUUGUUGUUCAGUAUGACUUAAGGGAUGAAAUGUGAAGACAGAUCAAGUUAAACCGGCUAUAUAUAUAUAUAUAUAUAUAUAUUUGAUUCAUGAUCACAUUUAUGAUAAAAUUGAUCUUCAUUCUCAUCAACCAUGUAAGAAACUAAGAAUA